UCUUUAUUAUUAUUCACCGUAGAUUUUUACACGUUGUUGCUAUAGUACGUCGAGGACCGGGCGCGGGUGCUGUUUUACUGAACAAAUAAACAAUAUAAAUUUAAUCAAACCCAUUAAUAUUGGCAGCAGUAUAUUAGACACAAUUGGUUUGAUCGAUAAUUAAUAAUCGAAUUAGACACCAUGGCCAACAAUUCUCAUCCUAUGGAUGAGUUUUGUGGUUCGAAAUUCUGGGAUUCAAAUGAAACAUGGUAUACAGUAGAUCCUGAUUUUACUCCUUGCUUCGAGCAGACCGUAUUAGUAUGGGCACCAUGUGCCUUCCUUUGGUUAUUUUGUAUAUUUGAUUUUUACUAUCUGAAGGCCAGUUUAGAUAAGAAUAUACCAUGGAAUAAACUAAAUAUAAGUAAACUAUUGCUGACCUUGUCUCUGUUGGUGCUGACUGCUGUCGAUUUUAUUAUGGCUAUGGUCUAUAAGGCAGACAAUGAUACGGCAGAUCUUAUCUAUCCCGUUCAUAUAUGGACACCAGUGAUUAAAUUUGCAACAUUUAUACUCAUUUUAAUAUUCAUUCCUCUUAAUCGCAAGUAUGGCAUACAAACGUCUGGCUGUCAAUUUUUAUUCUGGUUCUUCUUAACCAUUCUAUCGAUAGCACGUUGUCGCACCGAGGUAAGAGGUGAAAAACAUCGUGCCGAUGCCAUAAAAGCUGAUCCUAAUGCUGAUUUCUCAUGGGAGGAAUAUGAAUAUACUAGCUUUAUGAUUUACUUUGCCUUCUGCUGUGGCAUGUUGGUUCUCAAUUGUUUUGCCGAUGCCAAGCCACGUCUUACCAAAUACGAACGUUCGGAUAAUGAAAUUCCAGAAGUUUCGGCCAGUUUCUUGUCACGCAUUACGUAUCAAUGGUUUGAUGGCAUGGCCUGGCGUGGCUAUCGCAAUCCUUUGGAAGAGAAAGAUCUAUGGGAUCUAAAUCCUCAGGAUAGUUGCAAAGAAGUUAUGCCUAUUUUUGCUUACUAUUGGAAUAAAAAUGUGCGUAAAUAUUUUAAAAGCGAACCCAAUCAAACUAAAGUACAGUUUAGCAAAGACAAGGUAACGUUUGAAAAUCCUCACGGCCCCAAGACGGGUAAAAAGACCGGUACAGUUUCGAUUAUGCCACCUAUAGUUAAAUCAUUUGGUGGUGUUUUCUUAUUCGGUUCUAUGAUGAAAUUAUUUACCGAUAUCUUGACAUUUGCCCAGCCCCAAGUAUUGCGUUUGAUUAUUGGUUUUGUUGAAGACUCCGCUGAAGGUAGUGAUACCGCUAAACAGCCCGAAUGGAAGGGUAUUUUCUAUGCAGUUUUACUUUUCGUAUUGGCAGCAACACAAACCAUUAUUUUGGGUCAAUAUUUCCAUCGCAUGUUCACUGUAGGUUUACGUAUACGUACCGCUUUGAUUAAUGCCAUUUACCGUAAGGCUUUAGUCAUUUCAAAUGCCACCCGUAAAGAGUCAACUGUUGGUGAAAUUGUCAAUCUAAUGGCUGUAGAUGCUCAACGUUUUAUGGAUUUAACCACCUAUUUGAAUAUGUUGUGGUCGGCACCUUUACAGAUUGGUUUGGCUUUAUUCUUCUUGUGGCAAUUGUUGGGUCCCUCUGUAUUGGCCGGUCUUGCUGUGAUGAUUAUUUUAAUUCCCGUCAAUGGUGUCAUUGCCAAUCGCAUUAAAACCUAUCAAAUAAGACAAAUGAAGUAUAAGGAUGAACGUGUCAAAUUGAUGAAUGAAGUUUUGAGCGGUAUAAAGGUUCUUAAAUUAUACGCCUGGGAGCCCAGUUUUGAAAAGCAAGUUUUGGAAAUUCGUGAAAAAGAAAUUGCCACCUUAAAAUCCACUGCCUACUUAAAUGCCAGUACAUCAUUUUUAUGGUCUUGUGCUCCAUUUUUGGUCUCAUUGGUCACAUUCGCCACUUAUGUAUUAAUUGAUGAAAAUAAUGUACUCGAUGCAACUAAAACAUUCGUAUCAUUAUCAUUAUUUAAUAUUUUACGUUUUCCAUUAACUAUGUUACCCAUGUUGAUUUCGAAUAUGGUUCAAACUCAAGUUUCCGUGCAACGUAUUAACAAAUUCAUGAACAGCGAGGAAUUAGAUCCCAAUAAUGUACAACAUGAUCCCAAAAAACCCAAUCCCUUGUCCAUUGUUAAUGGUUCAUUCUCCUGGGGUGAUGAUGAUGUUACCCUAAAGAAUAUUAAUAUUGAAGUUAAAAAGAAUACUCUGUGCGCCAUUGUGGGUACAGUGGGUUCGGGUAAAUCUUCAGUUAUACAAGCUUUCUUGGGUGAAAUGGAAAAAAUAUCGGGUAGUGUUAAUACUGUAGGCUCUAUAGCCUAUGUGCCACAACAGGCUUGGAUUCAGAAUGCCACUUUAAGAGAAAAUAUACUCUUUGGCAAGGAAUAUGAUCGUAAGCGUUAUAAUCGUGUCAUUGAUGCUUGUGCCUUAAGAGCUGAUAUUGAUAUGCUGUCGGCUGGUGAUAAAACUGAAAUUGGUGAAAAGGGUAUUAAUUUGUCGGGUGGUCAAAAACAACGUAUUUCCUUGGCUCGUGCUGUAUACAGUGAUGCUGAUCUUUACUUUUUGGAUGAUCCUCUUAGUGCAGUCGAUUCUCAUGUGGGCAAACAUAUUUUCGAAGAAGUUGUUGGUCCCAAGGGUCUCUUAGCUAAGAAGACUAGAAUUUUAGUUACUCAUGGUAUUACCUUCCUGCCGCAGACCGAUAAUAUUUAUGUCAUGAAAAUGGGUGAAAUUAGUGAAGAUGGUACCUAUCAGGAAUUGCUAAACAAAAAAGGUGAUUUCUCCGAUUUCCUUUUGCAACAUAUCCAAGAGGGUAAUGAAGAAGUUGAAGACUUGGAUGUUAUUAAACAACAAUUAGAGGGAACUCUACAAUCGGAUGAACUUAAAGGCAAAUUUGAGAAAGUUAUAAAAUUGGCUAGAACUGAAAGUUUAUCAGAUUCUGUUUCUGUACGUUCCUUUGAAAGUGGUAGAAGUAGCUUAAGACGUCGUCGCGUUGAUAGACAAGAUUCAGAUACAUCCAUGAUUUCGGCCACAUCUAAAACAAAAUUACAAAUUGAAGAACAAGGCAAACUGAUAGAAACUGAAAAGUCACGUACCGGUGGUGUUGAAUUUGCCGUUUACAAACAUUACAUUAAAAGUGUGGGCAUUUUCCUUUCUAUGGCUACUUUAAUUUUGAACUUUGUAUUCCAAGCAUUCCAAAUCGGUUCAAAUCUAUGGUUAACUAAAUGGUCUAACGACAAACUUGUAAGCAAUGAUACUGGCCUAAGAGACAUGUAUUUGGGUGUUUAUGGUGCCUUUGGUUUUGGACAAGGUGUUUUUGCCUAUUUUGCCGUAGUCAUUAUUUACUAUGGUACUUUUGAGGCUGCCAAAAGGAUUCACAAUGAUUUCUUGUACAUUAUAAUGCGUGGUUCGGUGUGUCAUUUCUUCGAUAUAACACCUAUAGGCCGUCUACUAAAUCACUUUAGUGGUGAUAUGGAGAUAAUAGAUGGUGAACUGCCGGCUACACUGGAUAGUUUUUUGACAUUUAUUUUUAUGGUUUUAGCUACAAUUGUUGUCAUUAGUAUGACUACACCGAUUUUCAUGGCUGUAAUUGUACCCAUUGCAUUUUUGUACUAUUUUGCUCAACGUUUUUAUGUGGCAACGUCACGUCAAUUGAUGCGUUUGGAAUCGGUAUCAAGAUCUCCGAUUUAUUCGCAUUUCGGAGAAACUGUUACGGGUGUUUCGACUAUUCGUGCUUAUUCGGUGCAAGAUAGAUUCAUCGAUGAAUCCGACACUAAGGUCGACAAAAAUCAAGUUUGCAAAUAUCCCUCACUCAUUGCCAAUCGUUGGUUGGCCAUUCGCCUCGAAAUGGUGGGUAAUCUCAUCAUUCUAUUCGCCUCACUGUUUGCAGUUUUGGGCGGUCAGAAAAAUGCCGGCCUCGUAGGUCUCUCCGUAAGUUAUGCCCUGCAAGUAACACAAACAUUAAAUUGGUUGGUGCGUAUGUCAUCAGAUAUUGAAACGAAUAUUGUGGCCGUUGAACGUAUUAAGGAAUAUGGUGAAACUAAACAAGAAGCACCAUGGGAAUUGGAAAAUUCUAAUGUACCCAAAAAUUGGCCACUCGAAGGUGAGGUGGUAUUUGAGAAUUUCAAAGUGCGCUAUCGUGAAGGUUUAGAUUUGGUAUUGCGCGGCAUAAGCUUUAAAAUAGCCGGCGGUGAAAAAGUCGGUAUUGUGGGACGUACAGGUGCGGGUAAAUCUAGUUUGACAUUGUCAUUGUUCCGUAUCAUUGAAGCUGCUGGUGGUCGUAUACUUAUCGAUGGCAUCGAUAUUGCCACUAUGGGUUUACAUAUGUUACGUUCCCGCCUAACUAUUAUUCCCCAAGAUCCUGUUCUCUUUUCGGGUUCUUUACGCAUUAACCUAGAUCCCUUCGAAGUUAAGAGUGAUGCUGAAAUUUGGAAAGCUUUAGAAUUGUCACAUCUUAAGGCUUUUGUUAAAUCUCUGCCCGCUGGUUUGAAUCAUGAAAUUUCCGAAGGUGGUGACAAUUUGUCGGUGGGUCAACGUCAGUUGGUGUGUUUGGCACGUGCCUUAUUGCGUAAAACUAAAGUAUUAGUAUUGGAUGAAGCUACGGCGGCAGUAGAUUUAGAAACUGAUGAUUUAAUUCAGAAAACCAUACGUUCCGAAUUUAAAGAAUGCACUGUCCUAACCAUUGCCCAUCGUUUGAAUACGAUUUUGGACUCGGACAAAGUCAUUGUUUUGGAUAAGGGUGAAAUAUCGGAAUUUGAUUCUCCCGAAAAUCUAUUAAAUAACUCACAAUCUGCCUUCUAUAGUAUGGCCAAGGAUGCCAAUUUAGUACGUAAACGUUUUACCGGAACUUCAGAAAGUACAGUUUAACCUCUAACUAAUACAACUCAAAAUCUAUAAAAAACCCAAAUUCAAACUAUAAAUUGUUUUUGUAAAAACUAUAGGAAAACUAUUAUUAAAACAUAAAAAAAAGGUUAUAAUAAAAGAAAUUGGCUUAAAUAUGUUUGUAAAUUGCUACCUCAAUAUAUAAAUAUAAAUAUAAAAACAUUAUUGUAUACAUGCUGGUGUGUAUAUACUAAAUAUAUAGAAAGAGAAAAAUUAAACUUAAAACUUGAAAAAUGGAAUUUGUAACCAAAUCUUUUAAUAAUUUAAAUCUAUAAACAAACAAAAAGAUAUUUUUCUUUAAAAUUUGUCACAAAAUGUUAAAACAAAGACAGUUAUCUGUAGAUAACUAAAGAUUUAAAACAUAUGGAAAAUAUUUAAACUUUUGUCUUAUGAGAUUUCUAAACUAAACAAUGAUUUCAUUUAUUUAAUCAACAAACAUUAAUACAGGGAUUUAAACUUAAAAUAAAUUCUAAUAAGAUUUUCAACAAAGAUUUGGUUGCAAAAAAAAUCCAAUAUUUAAAGAAAAAAACAUAAAAUGUGUAUAAAAUUGGUGUUGUUUUUAUAAAAAGAAAACUAUACAAAACUUUCUUAUACA